CUUUAACUCAUCACAUGAUAACUCACACAGGUGAGAAGCCUUUUUCUUGUAGAUCCUGUGGAAAAAGUUUCUCUCGAAAGGACGUUCUAAAUGUCCACAUGGUAACUCAUACAGAUGAGAAGCCUUUCUCUUGUGGGUCUUGUGGAAGAGGUUUCUCCCUAAAAACUACUUUAAAUGUUCACAUGAGAAUUCACACAGGUGAGAAGCCUUUCUCCUGUGGAUCCUGUGGAAAGAGUUUCUCUCGAAAGGACGUUCUAAAUGUCCACAUGGUAACUCAUACAGAUGAGAAGCCUUUCUCUUGUGGGUCUUGUGGAAGAGGUUUCUCCCUAAAAACUCAUUUAAAUGCUCAUAUGAAAGUUCACACAGGUGAGAAGCCCUUCUCAUGUGGGACCUGUGGAAAGAGUUACAGUAAAAGAGGGACUUUAACUCAUCACAUGAGAAUUCACACGGGUGAGAAGCCUUUCUCUUGUGGAUCCUGUGGAAAGAGUUUCUCUCGAAAGGACGCUCUAAAUGUCCACAUGGUAACUCACACAGAUGAGAAGCCUUUCUAUUGUGGGUCUUGUGGAAGAGGUUUCUCUCGCAAAGAUUAUUUAAAUGUUCAUAUGAAAAUUCACACAGGUGAGAGGCCUUUCUCUUGUGGGUCUUGUGGAAGAGGUUUCUCCCUAAAAACUCAUUUAAAUGCUCAUAUGAAAGUUCACACAGGUGAGAAGCCCUUCUCAUGUGGGACCUGUGGAAAGAGUUACAGUGAAAAAGGGACUUUAACUCGGCACAUUAGAAUUCACACAGGUGAGAAGCCUUUCGCUUGUGGGAUCUGUGGAAAGAGUUGCAGUGAAAAAAGUACUUUAACUCAUCACAUGAGAAUUCACACAGGUGAGAAGCCUUUCGCUUGUGGGAUCUGUGGAAAGAGUUACAGUGAAAAAAGUGAUUUAAAUGUUCACAUGAGAAUUCACACGGGUGAGAAGCCUUUCUGUUGUGGGACUUGUGGAAAACGUUUCUCUCAAAAAGGUGUUUUAAAUGUUCACAUUAGAAUUCACACGGGUGAGAAGCCUUUCUCUUGUGGGUCUUGUGGAAAAAGUUUCACUCAAAAAGAACAAUUAUCUUAUCACCUGAGAAUUCACACAGGUGAGAAGCCUUUCUCUUGUGGGACAUGUGGAAAAAGUUUCACCCUGAAAAGAACUUUAAAUGAUCAUAUGACACUUCACACAGGUGAUAAGCCAUUCUCAUGUGGGAGCUGUGGAAAAAGUUACAGUAACAGAAGUAAUUUAUCUCGUCACAUGAAGACUCACUCUGAUGAGAAUCCAUAGGUCCAAAACAGAUCCGAUCCAAUUUGGCAUCUAAUCCUAUGGAAAAUCUGGUCAGAUGAUGUAAACAGCAAGUUGAACAUAUUAAAGUCAACAGAUUCUUGCAGGCUGCUAGUGAUUCACUGUGAUUGUGUCUUUCACUGUCUGACCAAAAUAAACCUGAGGUCUACUUUUGCCUAGCAGCUUGUUUUCCUUAAUCCAGUUUUUUGUUUUAAUUCUCAGUCGUAUUUGUACUGAAGAUCCCCAUCAGUAUCCCAUUAGAUACUGAAGUUAAAGAGGGGAACACAUUCAGACAGGAUUAAUUUCUGUGCAUUUCAGUUUUCAUGGAGUUCUGUACCAUGUAGAAUAGUUGAGUUUAGCUUUUA